CAGCUGCUGUAUUGUCAACCAUGAUGUCUGGGUGCUGCUCGAAGAUGACGUUGCCUGAUCCACCGUUAGAAAUGGCUGCCGCAGCAAGGUCUUCACAGGAUGAUCUCUCUGAACGGACCAUCGAAGACAGGUAGGGGAACCUUAUGGCACCUUCGACGAUAGUCACGCGUUAUGUUAUGAGCGUUGUUGUUAAAAAACGACCUUUCGUGAUACGCGCCAUUCGGCCAGAGGAGGUACAUCAGGCUUACGAGAUUCGCCUUCGGACCAACUACAUAUUCUCAAAAAGCAGCAUCGAAACUGCGUGGAAGCUUAGCCCGGAGCAUUUCUUGGUCGCAGUGACCGAAAACGACGUUGUGAUCGGAAGCGCGUCCUGGUGCAAGUUCGGCCAAGGACUUUUCCUGCUGGACCAGUUGACUGUGAGACAUGAACAUCGCGGACUCGGUGUCGGCAAGGAAAUCCUCAGCGCUGUGCUAGAAGUCGUCAAGGAGAACUUCCUCCUCAGGCUUCCUGUACGUCUCGAAGAGCAGUUCGUCAAAGAAAUGCCCCUGUUUCCUUAUAGGUGCCCUGUUCCAUUUGUGGGUACUUGGCCAACGAUCCUCACAGAGGCAAGCUUUGUUGACGUGAACCUAAUAAACGUCAGGUUAAUCGAUCUCUACGACGAAAUAAUUAAUGAAGUCAUAAAAUACGACGAGGAUGUGCUGCGCUGUAAUCGAGACGCACUCGUCCAACACUUGCUGCACCUCCCCGGCGGGCAGUGCAAAAUUGCGGUCAGGGAGAGAAAGGGCGUCGAGUCUGUCAUCGGCUACGGUGUGAUUCAGGAGAUGAGUAACGGGUCCGGAGACGUCUCCGUGCUGUUGGCGAACGGACGCAACGUGGCAGCGAUUCUUUUGCGCGCACUAGUGGCGAAGUUUCCUCUGGCUGUCACUGCGGGGGUGAUGGUAACGUCACCAGCGUUGCCAGACGCCAACCGCAGCUUCGCCCAGCAGAUGGGGUUCAAAAUGCGACAGUCUUACGUCUGCAGGUUCAGCAAGAGGGAGCACCCGUUUGACCUCGUCCGCAUCUACUCUCUAGGAGGUGUUUAACCCGUGUUUAUGCAAAAUGUAGUUGACGUGACGGGUCGAUAUGUU